GCGAUGCGUUGAUAGUCUCAACAUGUGUACUUGAUAAACAGUUUAUGUAAAUUGUCAUCAGAAAAACUGAAGAAAACCUGGAUGAUGUAACGUCAUGCAGUGCUAUUCUGAUAAUAAGAUGCGAGGCGAGACUGGUGAGCGCAGUGGGAGAAACCAGAAUUGAAACCUGCGGUGCGCCAGUGAAGGUGAGCGGUCUGAUGGAGAGCCCGUCUUCUACGACCAGGCGUCAGGCCUGGGUCCAGACCAGUCGACAGUGGCUAACCCUGGAAGAACUAGAUCCACAGGUACCAGGACCAUACAUCCACCCCUCUGCCCACCCAUCUACCCUACAACGGCCAGGAUAUACCCAUCCUUCUGCCCCACAUGGACCACCGUACACCUAUCCUUCUGAUCAACACCAGUCUGCAUCAGAGAAUGACGUCUUCUCAGAUGGCUGCUCCGCAGGAAAGAUUGAGAGCUGGCUUCUGGGCUGUGGGCUGAAGGCAGGCGCAGAGAACUCUAGCAAUCAUCUGACUGUUGAGUCUCUGCUGAAAGCGAACAGUUUUGAAGAUGACCUGAGUCUGGGUGCCGAUGCUACAGCAUUAAAUGUCGAAGGAGUCUCAGAACUGAGGGUGCUGCUUCCGCCACCCGAACAUCUUCACAGAGGUGGAGUCACCACCAGUACUCCCCGUCAGAGGCUGGCUCUGCCCUUACUCCACCUCGGUUACAGUAUUGCCUCCAGUGGCUUCUCCAACAGCACCAGUAAGGCAUCAAGGUGUGUUAGGACCAACCACUAUCAACCUUAUGUCAGUCAUAUAGUAUAUCAAAUCUGUCAGGACAUCUCUAUCUCCCUCUAUCUCUCCAUCCCCACCACUCACCUACACACACACACACCCCAGUGUGUCUGA